AUGGAGGUUACUGCUCAAGACCAGAAGUUCGCAGGAUUACUUAGGCUUCUUGAUGAAGCCACGUCAUCACUCUUAGCGGCAAUCACAAGGGCCAGGCCAAUCAAUCCAUACGAUGAAUCGAAGUUACUUCUCAUUAAACAUUUUUCACUAUCUACAUUCGAUAGGGUAAAGGCAUACCUCGAAGCGACUCCAACUCAUGAAGAGAAGCUCGCCAUGUUCUCUUCAAGAACAGAGGUGCUCAUCGAUGAUGUGUCAAUGAACGACGUGAGAAAAUACUGUGUCCUUCGUCACGCACCGCCACAAGUUCGACUCCAGCUAGCUGGAUCUCGUUUUGAUUCACUUCCAUUGGAGGACUUGGUCAACGAAGCGGACAUUUUGACUCAAAGAGCAAACCUUGAUGCCUUGGCCGUGGCUGCAGUUUUUUCUAAGGGAAAGAACAAAAACAAAAAAAAG